GAGCAAGUUUAAUAAGCCAAAACAGAAAACAUGAACCACCAAGAUGAGAUCAAGAACAAUAACAAAAUCACGACCGAGGCCGAGACGACGGACAAGAUCGAGAUCAAAUUUGAGAACAAGAACGGCCUCAACAACCAAAAACAAGAAGUCAAGAUAGACAACAUGAGCGACCAAGACAAGAACAAGAACGGCCUCGGCGAAAAGUGGCCAGAACCAAUCGUCCGAGUUCAGUCCCUAGCCGAGAGUAAUCUCACCACCUUCCCCGACCGUUACAUUAAGCCGCCGUCUCAACGCCCUCAAAUCACCACUAUCAACCACCAACCGGAAGCUGCCGCCAUAAAUAUCCCGAUCAUAGACCUAGAGAGCCUCUUCUCCGGUAACAAAGACGUCAAGGAGAGGAUGUCGGAGGCAUGCCGUAAGUUUGGGUUCUUCCAGGUGAUCAACCAUGAGGUGAGGCCGGAGCUGAUGGAUGCGGCUAGAGAAGCUUGGAAAAGUUUCUUCAAUUUACCAGUCGAAGCCAAAGAAGUUUACUCAAACUCGCCAUUGACCUAUGAAGGAUACGGAAGCAGAUUGGGUGUGGAAAAAGGAGCAAUUCUUGAUUGGAAUGAUUAUUAUUUUCUCCAUUUUCUUCCUCUUCUCUUGAAAGAUCACAACAAAUGGCCUUCUUUACCUUCCAACAUUAGAGAAGUGAUGGAUGAGUAUGGUAAGGAACUAGUGAAGCUGGGCGAGAGACUAAUGAGGAUAUUAUCGUCAAAUUUGGGACUAAAAGAAGAACAACUUCAAGAAGCAUUUGGUGGACAAGACGUAGGCGCAUGUAUGAGGAUUAAUUAUUACCCGAAAUGCCCUCGACCGGAGCUUGCCCUCGGCCUCUCCCCUCAUUCCGAUCCCGGCGGCAUUACCAUCCUCUUGCCGGACGAUCAAGUCGUUGGUCUUCAAGUCCGUCACAGCGACACGUGGAUCACCGUCAAUCCUCUCCCCCACGCUUUUAUCGUCAAUCUCGGCGAUCAAAUUCAGAUACUAAGCAAUUCGAUAUACAAGAGUUCGGAACAUCGAGUGAUAGUGAAUUCGCAGAAAGAAAGGGUUUCACUUGCCUUCUUCUAUAACCCUAAGAGUGACAUUCCGAUCCAACCACUGCAACAACUUGUAACCUCUAAUAAUCCUCCUUUAUAUCCUCCUAUGACCUUUGAUCAAUAUAGACUCUUCAUUCGAACUCAAGGUCCACGUGGAAAAUCCUACGUUGAGUCUCUUAUAUCCCCUCGUUAAUUCAUAUACUUCACAAAAUGUCCGAUAAAAGAGACGAACUGGUGGUGAGGACAUCGAAGCUAGGGAACAUCAAAAAGAUACCAAAAGAUUCUAAUGAUCGACGAAGAUAUAUAUUGGAGAACAAAAUGAAUCAAUGCAUUACCGAGAAUACUAUCAUAGCAUUUAUGCAAUUUAGAUAUUUUGUGGUUCCUAUAUAUUUACAGUAACUCUAUUGUAUAAUAAUAUAUAUAAACU